CCGCCGCCGCCGCCUGCCCGGCGCAGCCCUGCGGAGCUCGGGGCGGCGGCGCCCGGCCGCCGGCCAUGGCCGUGCCAGCCGCGCUGCUUAGCCCCCACCACCUCCUCUCCUUCUGCUUCCCCGCCGCCGGCGGCCUCCUGGGCUAUGCCGACUUGGAGAAGGACUACGAGGGCGGCUGCGGCGGCGGAGGCGAGGCGGGGGACUUUAAAGAAGCCACCAGGGACCUGCUGAGCUUCAUCGACUCUGCCUCCAGCAACAUCAAGCUUGCGCUGGACAAGCCGGUGAAGUCCAAGCGGAAGGUGAACCAUCGCAAGUACUUGCAGAAGCAGAUCAAGCGCUGCACCGGCAUCAUCGCCACCUCGCCGCCGCCGCCGGCCCCGCCGCCGUCCGCCGCCGCCGCCUCCCCGCCCGCCGCCGGCCCCGCCAGGCCCCCGCCGCGCCGGGAGGGCUCGCAGGCGGCCAGCAGCCUCCAGAGCAAGAGCCUGGCCGCCCUCUUCGGCUCCCUGCAGCCGGGCCGGGGCGCGGCGGGCGGCGGGGAGGCGGCGGGCGGCGGGGCGGGCGGCGGGGCGGCGGGCGGCCCGCGGAAGGUGCCGCUGCGGGACCGCAACCUGCCGCCCUCCUUCUUCACGGAGCCGGCGCUGCCCGUCGCCCCCGCCCCGCCGCCGCCCGCUAAGGAGCCGCAGAAGGGCGGCGGCGCGGAGGCGGCCGAGUUCUUCGAGCUGCUGGGCUCCGAGUACGGCGCGCUGCUGCCCGAGCCCGGCGCCGCGCCCGACACCUUCCCCGGCGGGGCGGCCGCCCGCCUGCCCGCCGAGCUGGGCUUGGAGCACGGCUUGUACGACGCGCCGCUGCCGCUGCCCGCCGCCCCGCACCCGCUGCUGGGCGGGCUGCUCUACCCCGAGCCGCCCUGGAGCCCGCCCGGGCCCUGCAGCCCGCCCAAGAAGGCGGCGGCCGAGGCGCUGCGCCCGCUGUACCCCGGCGGCGGGGAGGCGGCUCCAGGCGGCGGCGACGAGUCCGGCGGGCAACUGCCACCGGGCUUCGGCCCCUUCUUCCCCGAGUGCCCGUUGCCCGCGCCGCAGGGGCCCUACGACUACAGCGCCGGCUUCCACCGCGCCGCCUACCCCGGCCUGUAGCCCGGCCCUGCGGCCCGGCCGCUCCGCGCUGCGCCGCGCUGCGCCGUGCUGCCGGGGCCGCGGGGUGGGGGAGCUCCACGCGUGGGGCUGGGGCUGCGCCCGGGCUGCGGCCCUGCUGGAGCUGUGGCUCUGCUCGGGCUGGGGCUGCGCUUGUCCCGCCGCGCGUGUGUGUGCGUGUGCGUCCCGCAACCACGGCCGCGGGCCCGCAGGCUUCAGCCCUGCGCUCUGCCCGUCGCCUCCUCCUGCGGUCUGGGAGACGCUGCAAAUAAAAUGUGAAACCUUGGGUCCCUUCAGGUGUUUUUCUGGCGGCCGGUGACUGCCUUUCCUUCGCCUCCCUUGAGGCUCAGGUUCCGUGUCGUUCAGGCAGCCGCGGCUCGGUGGAUCUGUGUAACGCGACCUCGCAACGGGGAUGCGCCUGUCGAAGGCAGCUGUGACCAACCUGUACAUCGUUUCAGUCUAAAAGUAAAGCUCGAUCAGCUCUGGCGGUGCGUUUCAGACUUUUCCCAGGCUCACACGCAUCGCAGGUGCCGGCCGAUGUUCGUCUGAAGACACGAAAGGAGAGAAAAGAAACUACUGAAGUGAAGCAAAAUAAAAAAUGCUGCUACCAAAACUUUAGUGUCCUGAAAUUUAACAAUGCCUUGCAGGAUCUUGCAAACAGCAAUUUACAGCGAUACAUAAGUUAAUUGAUGGCGUAAGUUCAGGACAAAAGUGAACUGUAGCCCCUGCGGCGAUGCGAUUCCUAUGGACCGUUGGAUUGCUACCAGGAAUGUGUCACAGCUUGGAAAAGCAACGUGUCUCGGUCUCACUGUGUACAGGAGAUUAUUUGAUAAUCAUUUAAGUUAUGUGAAAGAGUCUAUGAUAGGUCCUAUAAAAAUAAAGCUACACAAUAGAUCUGA